CAACAAUCUCGUCUUGGAUGAUGUUCUCUGUGCAGCAAGGUAGAAUUUCUGGUCCUCAAGCCAUCUUAUAGGCAUUUAGGGGUUUUCUACAACGAAAAUGUUUCUACAAUUUUUUUUUAAAUCGAAGUUUGUUCUCCGUCCACAGUAUUUAGAAGUUGAACUUACAAAUUCUUCAAAACUUUGUUAAUCUGUAAUUAAUGCUCUAAUAUUCUGUACAAGUGCACAGUAUAUACAAUUUGUGCUAAACUAGCACCCCCAAAUUGCCAGAAAAACCUCACUGAACGAAGGGUGGCACCUUUUCGGGUUCGGCUUUCCCACCUUCAUAUUACCAUGAAUUGCAAUAUGCGAGGGCGUUGAAAAAUAGUUCAUUGAGAUACGGUUGGCGGUGUUCCGAGUUAAUGGUUGUCAGAGGGUGAGCCUGAGUUUGUUGGCUAGCUGAAGAGGACUUGCUGUGAUGCGUGGCAUGUGGUUGACUGAAUUCGAGAUCGUACCAUAUCCGUUGUCAUUGUGAAUUUGCAUUUCGAUCGGUGCUUUAUCGGUUGUGAGAAAGCUGCAAUGGUGGCCGAUAACUUCUGAGGUAUCCGAAGGACGACCUUGCGCGAAAAAUUACAAAAACGAUCUUCUGAACUGAGAUUUGCGAGUACAUGCGUAGGACCUAAGAGGCUCUGUUGUUAGCGGGACGAAGAUCGAUUGAUAGCGGGACGAAGAUCGUGUAAGAAACCAUGCGUCUAAUGUGGCGAUUGAAAUUUUCGAGUUCCUAGAUCGAUUUCUUGAACUGAUGAGAACAGUUGACUGCUGGAGCAUGGUUUUUAAAAUGUAACUAUUGUAGAGCGGAGCUAGGGACAGAAUGGAAGUGCACCCUCUUCUAGUAUUUUGCUAUUUGCUUUUAGAAAUCGACUCGAAUUGACGCUAAUUUUAAUGAAGUUCACCACCAUUAGUGUGGCUCAAUCCAUUUUAUAGCACGAUGUAUUUUGAACACCUGCAACUGAAAUCAAACGAAAACUUAAGAUCUGGAAUCCCCAACCGACCACCUCUGAAUUUGGGUUGCUGUAUUUUAGUUCACUUCAUGAGGACACCUUUUCUUGCCUGAUCACUUGAGGUUAUGUCAUGUUGAAUUAGAUCUUAAAAUUUUUAACGUGGAAGCCGUAAGGAAUAGUAUUGCUGAGGUAAACCACUGCCACCUCGCAUUGCACACCUUUGGUGGGUCACCUCGGAGAACUCGCUCAGCGCGUUCCUAGAUGGAAACAGCUUCUGCAUUGACCGAUAUGUUCUCGUAGUGGUGGCAGAAGCUGUUCAAAUGAAGUGAAUGGUUGUUCCUGCUAAUUUUUACGUGAUCAGCUUUCCUCUGUAUUUCUAGAAACGUGUUGCUGUAUCAUUUUACCGUUCACAUGGUGGAUCAGGUGAGUGAGUCAAGACGUUUCAGGGAGUGCUUCCGGUUCUUGGGCUACGUUAAGCUUUCUUUUUAACUCUCCUGUGCUUCUUCGGGGUGUUAUGUUGCGGUUCAGCGCACAGGUAGGCUGCUCAAAUUCUUGCUUGCCUUUAGAUGAGGAUUUAACCGCUUGAACGGAGUCUAGAACUUCGAGAUUUCAAUCAGUGGUUGGUUGAUGAUGCGUUGUCUGCUGAUUCAUGAUGAAGUAGUCUUAAUAUCAGUCAACAUGCUCAAUAAAUAGUAGUGGACUCAAAAACUCGUUCAUUAGGUCCUAAAAAGAAGGCAAAGAAGAUCGUCUUCGUGUUCAAAAUUCACUUUGACUAAGACAGAACAACACUGAAGUGUUGAUGGGAACGUUUUCUCACGCGUUCGUUUGUUCUUUUCCUUCCUGACCUUCCCGAAUCGAGGAAUGUAUCUGAAGUGAUUUUAAGACUGCGGGGGUUUUUUCUUCCAGAUUAUUCCGGUGAUCGUCGGAGUUGGGGUUGUAGUCGUCACUGCGGUAGUGGCCCGGUUGUAUUUGGUGCGCCGAAAACAAGGUCCACCGAAGACUCUCGAAGACCCGAAUGUGAAAUACGCCCUUCGUUUGAUAGAUAAAGAACAAGUCAGUCAUGACACUCGUCGUUUCCGGUUUGCGCUUCCAUCCUCGGAGCAUAUUUUGGGGUUGCCGAUCGGUCAGCACAUUUACUUGACCGCAAAAAUUGAUGGGAACCUGGUAAUCCGCCCGUACACACCAGUGUCGAGCGAUGAGGACCAUGGGUUCAUGGAUUUGGUAGUUAAAAUCUAUCUGAAGAAUGUGCAUCCGAAGUUUCCUGACGGUGGUAAGAUGAGCCAGUUUCUUGACAACCUGCGUAUGGGUGAGACCAUUGAUGUGCGCGGGCCGUCUGGGCUUCUGGAGUAUAAUGGCAGCGGAGAAUUCGCCAUCAGACCCGACAAGAAAUCUGCUUCGAGUGUUGUGAAGGUCAAGAAAGUUAGCAUGAUAGCGGGUGGAACUGGAAUCACCCCGAUGUUACAGCUCAUCAGGGCCGUUUCGAGAGAUCUCAAUGAUCGAACGCAGGUGGCGCUAUUGUUCGCUAACCAGACGGAAGAUGACAUUCUUCUAAGACCGGAAUUGGAGCAAUUGCAGAGUGAACAUCCGGAUCGCUUUAAGCUCUGGUAUACGGUCGAUCGACCUGUUGAAGGCUGGAAAUACGGCUCUGGAUUUGUGAGUGCUGACAUGAUCAGGGACCAUUUGUAUCCACCGUCGGAAGAUAAUUUGGUAUUGAUGUGUGGUCCUCCGCCGAUGAUAAAUUUUGCGUGCACUCCGACUUUGGACAAGCUGGGCUACAAUCCCAAAUUACGGUUUGCUUAUUGACAAGGCAGAACCUUUUAUCGAACUGGCUGAAAUCGACUGAAACUUACAAAAUCAAAGUCAACUGGAAUUAUGUUUUAGGUUUUUGUGCGUACGUUAUGUUAGUCCUUCAAUUCGGGAACUUGGGAAGUUCAACGUACCGUUAUACACCUUAAUCCGUCGUUUAUGGAAGUGACGUAGUACAGUAUUCGACGUGGGGAAAUCAAAAUUUCUAUUGCACCUGCGUAGCUAUCUAGAAGGCUAAUUAUUCUGCUGUUUCCAAUUUGCACUUGGUUGAAGGCUAUUCAGGCGAAGCGAAUUUUUCGUUUUCCGGUUUGCGUGGAUUUUGUGCCCGGUAUUUAUUUCAGUCGUGGAGACGGCAAUUAACGGUAGUAGUUCUAGAUCAGUCGGGGGAGGAUCAUGGGCGAAAAAGAUGGUUUUUGGAUCAUCAGCUUUUUUGUAGGUCAGGUGACGAAUCAUACUUGUUCGUGUGGUUUUUGACUUGUGCUUCCCUGUGAAACAGUAAAGCUUGAAUCCUGUUUUAAUUCUUACUUGAUCGGUGCUGUCGGGUGCGGAGCGGUUAGAUAGGCAGUUUCCGUGAGAUCAUUGAAUUCGGUGCCAUAUUUGAUAUGAAGAUACAAUGCUGUGCUGUAUUGUUGAAUAUGGAGUUCAGUUCACCGAGCG